AUGCCUCCACAUUCUUCUGUUGUUCUCAGCGGGACAGCGAGAGAACCCAACAUUAGCAGCAACAGCAGCAGCAACAGCAGCAGCAGCAACGACAGCAGCGGCAGCAACAGCAGCAGCAGCAGCAGCAAAAACAGCAGCAGCAGCAGCAAAAACGGCAGCAGAAACAGAAGUUUAAACGACAGCAACACCAACAACAGCACCAACAGCAGCAUCACCUACAGCAACAGCAAUAGCAGCAGCAACGACAGCAGCAGCAACGACAGCAGCAGCAACGACAGCAGCAGCAGCAUAAGCAGAUCUUCCCUGUCUACCCCCUUAGGUCCCCUCAUUGUGUUUGCUGCGGCGGCUUUAGCCUGGGGGCUUAGCGUCUGUGUCUUCUGUUUAGCAGCAGCAGCAGAAGUAGCAGCAACAGCAGCAGCAGCUGCUGCUGCUGCAGCCCAGGCAAUGCUGCACUCACUACGCGGAGUCGGAGGGCGUCUGGCAUUGCAACGGCCAGCAGCAAAUCUUCCCGCGCCUGCAGCAGCAACAAGCGUUCCAACGCAACCCGCAGCAGCAGCAGCAGCAGCAGCAGCACCAACUCCUGCUGCUGCUGCACCCUGGACUCAACUUCGUUUUUUGAGAGCUUCGCGCACUUCUCUUGGGCCAGCGGAUCCAGCAGCAGCAGGAGAAACAGCAGCAGCAGCUGCUGCUGCUGCUGCUGCUGUUGCUGCUGCUUCGCCAUCAUGUGAAUCUCCUCCUCGGCUGGUUGCUAGUAAUAUUGAGAAUAAACAGACCCUUGCGCAGGAACAACGCAAGCAGCAGCAGCAGCAGCUGCUGCUGCAGCAAUGGCGGCAGCAGCAGCAGCAGCUGCAAACGGAUGGAGCAAGUGGUGCCUUGCGAAGCAGCGCUUCUUCCCUUAGCCAGUCUGCAGCAGCAGAAGGAAAUAAACAGCCUAGACAGCAGACGCGGCAGCAGCAGCAACAGCAGCACCAGCAGCAGCAACAGCACCAGCCGCAACAACAGCAGCAGCAGCAACAGCAGCAACACGGAGCACUGGCUGCACAGCAGCAGAUCGAAGCAAAAGUACAGCAGCAAAUUGCUUGGUUGCUGCACUACCGGAUGUGGCAGUACCAGGCGCAGCAGCAACAACAAUGGCAGCAACAGCAGCAGCAACUGCUGCUGCAGCAGCAGCUGCAGCAAGCCAGCUGCGGACAUCCGUUGCCCCCGGGAGGCUGGGGCUGUCCUUCGGGUCAGCAGCAGCAGCAGCAACUGGUGCAGCAGCAGCAACUGGUGCAGCAGCAGCAGCACGGGCCUCCUUAUGCUGUUCAUCCAGCUCUGUGGCGGCCUCCAGCCUGCUCAGAACAGCAGCAGCAGCAACAGCAGCAGCAGCUGCUGCAGCAGCAGCAAAAGCGCAUUGCUGCAGCACAACGCAAGCUAGAGAGGCAACGAAGGCAGCAGCAACGACAGGAAGAGUAUGAACAGCUGCUGCAGCAAUUUAAGCAGCAACCAAAGGAAUGGGCCGCUGCAGCAACUGCUGCAGCAGCAAAAGCGUUUCGUAAAGGACCAACUGCAGCUGCUGCCGCUGGUGAGACCAGAAGCAGCAGUAGCAGCAGCAGCAGCAGGUGGAGUUUGAGGUGUAUGCGCUCUCGGGGGUACCGUAGUGGGGCCUUCUCCCGCAGGACUGUGCUGCAGCACCAGCAGCAGCAGCAGCAGCCGCUGCUGCUGCAGCAGGGCCGUAGCAGCAGAAGACCUCCAAGGCGUCUUUUGCGCUCUCGUCACAGUGACAGUAGCAGCAGCAUCGAUUGCUCCUCUGCAGCAGCAGCGGGGUUGGGAGCCGACAGCAGCUGCAGCAGCAGCAGCAGGUUAUUUGAGCCGUUCUGGUCUCAGGAGACAGCAGCAAGAGCUGCUGCAGCAGGCCUUGCACUGAGAGGCACGAUGCAUGUACCUGCUACGAAGACGGAGAAGGCGUUGCUGCUUGUGCGUCCUUCGGAUGCUGCUGCUGCUGCUGCUGCUGCUGCUCCUUUUCGGGUGUACGUACACCCCGAGACGCGGGAGUGUCUGCAUGCAUUUGAGAUCGGCGGCUUCAGCAACAGAAACAGAGCGAUGCAUGGAGAUAAAGUUGUAGCAACAUUUGCUUGCAAAGCGCUUACAGAAAAAGAAUGCUGCAGGCUGCUGCAGCAGCAGCAGCAGCAAAACGCACAACUGCAGCACCACGACUGCGCCCUCCAGCAGCAGCAGCAGCAGCAACAGCAGCAAACGAGCGACCCCAGUAAGGAAUCACCAAAUGCAGUUAUCGUUACUGCUGCUCCCUGCGCUGCUGCUGCUGCGGUGACUGCACCUGCAGCUUUGCAAGCAGAUGCAGCGGGAGCAGCAGAAGCAGCGUCAGCAGCACCAAUAGCAGCAGCAGCAGCAGCAGCAGCAGCCUCUGCUACCGACGAUUCUUCUGCUGCAGAAACGGCAGGACGACGGCGCCAAGGCCGCAGCACUAAACUGUGCAAGGGGGAGGGAAGCCGCUGCAGCAGUCCGCAGCAGCAGCAACAGCAGCAGCUACAGCCGCAGCAGCAGCAGCAGCAGCAGGUGGUGCUGCAGCGGCCAACGUGCCGCGUGGUGUAUAUUGAAGAAAGAGGGAAGGGGACGGAGGAGAUCGUUGCAACGAUACAACCUCAUCUGCAUUUAGCAGCAAUCCGCCGCUUCUUGAAGCAGCAGCAGCAGCAGGCGCGGCAGCAGCAGCAGCAGGUCUCGUUGCGAGAAAUGUUUUUGGUUAAGGCUCAACCCAGAGACAGCCGACUACCUCCGUUCCGCGUGCCGCUGCUGUCUCUUCUUCGUGCCGUGCAGCAGCAGCAACAGCAGCAGCAGCGGCAACAGCAGCAGCAGCAGCAAGGACCCCACAUUGAGCAGUCGCACCAGCAAGAACAGGAUACAGACAAGGAACUGGAGGCAGCAGCAAAAUAUCUGUUGUCUCUCGCGGGCUCGUCUAAGGCGCUGCUGGUGCUGCUGCGGCGAGGGGACUGGCCGGUGCACAUGAAGUCGCCAGCAGCAGCAGCAGGAGCAGCAGCAGGAGCAGCAGCAGGAGCAGGAGAAGCAGCAGCAGCAGCACUAGCAGCAAAGGUGUCUCUAUUGGGGCUUAAAGGAGAACCAGCAGCAGAAGCAGACGCAACAGUACAGCUUGCAGGUUUGGAGUUCAGAGAUUUCCCUGCUGAGGUGUAUGCGCAGCUGCAGCAAACCCUUACCGCUAGCUGCCCUUACACCGGAAACCCUCUUUGGUUGCAACAGGCCAUAGACAGCAACACGCGCAUCGACUGCAGGCAGCAGAAGCAGCAGCAGCAGCUGCUGCUGUUGCUGCAGAAACAGCAGCAGGAACAGCCACAACAGCUGAAACAGCAGCAAGAGCAGCAGCAGCAGCAACAAACUGCUGCAGCCGUUGAACAGGAAAUGGGGCUGAGUUUCUUUCCGUUGCUGCCAGAAGCAGCCUCGGCCCCAGGAUCUGAAGCAGCAGCAGCAACAGCAGCAGCAGCAGCAGCAGUGAAACAACUCCCGCUGCGUAUCUUCAGCAUCGACCCCCCGACAGCAAAAGACCUCGAUGACGCCAUCAGCAUCCGCAGGCUGCCGUCUGCUGCUGCCUUUGCUGCUGUUGCUGCUGCUGCUGCAGCUGAAGAAAGCGGCUCUGGUGGAGGCACCCAACCAGCAUCUUCAUCAUCAGCAGUAGCAGCGCCAGCUGCAGCAGCAACAACAGCAGCAGCAACAGCAGCAGCAGCAGCAGCACUUGAGUUUGAGCUGGGGGUUCAUGUUGCUGAUGUCUCUUUUUUUGUUCAUCGCGGGUCUCUCUUGGAUACAGAGGCGAGGCGAAGAGCGACGACAGUUUAUCUUGAAAAUAAGGUGUACCCUAUGCUUCCUCGUGACUUGAGUGAAGGUGUUUGCUCUCUGCUUCCUGGAGCUCCGCGGCUGACUCGCUCGGUCUUCUGCCGUCUUGCUGACGAUGGCGCGCUGCUUAGAGCAGGAGAGGCCCCCACCAUCAUUCAAUCCGCGGCGCGUCUGACGUAUUCCCAAGUCGAUGAAUUCUUAGAGUCACUUUGCUGCUGCAUGCAACAGCAGCACCCGAGGUUGCUGCUGCCCGCGCAGCAGCAGCAACAGCAGCAGCUGUUGCUGCAGACGCAGCAGCUCUCCCCGUUGGUGUCUCCUCAGCUGCUGCGCCUCCUCUCCGCAAGAAACGUGCAGCAUCUCAUCGCCUUCCAUCAGCAGCAGCAGCAUCAGCACAAGCAACAGCUGCAGCAGCAGCAGCACCAGCAGCGGGUUGAAGUUGGCCGCACCGUGGAGUUGCUGCAGCUGCUGCUGCAGCAAAUCGAACGCGAGCAGCAGGAAGCAAAGUUCAGUCCGAUGGAGAUAGCAGACGUCAUUGGCACUGUGCGAGAAGAAGCAGCAAAACAUGAUAUUCCAGGGGCGAUCGCGGAGGAUGUGCUGUUGCUGCACCAAUUGGCAGCAGGCCGCGGGUUGCUGCGCUGCAGCAGAGGCAGUUUGCAGCUGAAUGCUGCUGCAGGCUGGAGUGUCUCAUUUGAAAGGCUUCACAGCAGCAGCAACAGCAACAGCAACAGCAGCAGCAACAGCAACAGCAACAGCAGCAGCAGCAGCAGCAGAAAGGGGCCGCUCCGCCUGAAGAUAAUUAGGGAGCAGAGGCCCUGGGCUCAUUCAAUGGUGGAGGAGGCGAUGGUGUUGGCUAACCACGUUGUUGCUGCGCGUAUUGUUAGCGAAAACAGAACCGCAGCAGCAGCAGCAGCAGAAGCUGCUGCUGCUGCUGCUGCUGGAGCACAAGCAGCAGCGGAAGCUGCAGUACCUGGAACAACGACCGCAGCAGAAACAGCCACCCCAGGAGCUAUCGCUGAUGCUGCUGCUGCACCACCGAAAUAUGAGGCGUCUUCUGCUGGUGAACAACAAGCAGCAGCAGCAACAACAGCAGCAACGACAACAACAACAGCAGCAGCAGCAGCAUCAGCUCCUACUGCUUCUCCUGUGGUGUUUGGGGGUGUCGUGCGGAGACACUGCAGCAGCAACGCUCAAGCAACUCGGCGAGUGCUGCAGCUCAUCGGCCCAUCUCUGGCGAGAGAAUUUCGGGUGUAUGUACACUCCAGAAAGCAGCAGCAACAGCAGCAGCAACAGCAGCAGCUAGAGGAAGUGGCUGCAGCUGCUGAGCCUACAGCGAGGAAGAGUGCAUCGGGGAGGCUUCUAUCUAACACUGCAGACACACCUGCCUUCUCUGCAGCAGCAACAGCAGCAGCAGCACAUGCUGCUGCUGCUGCUGACGCUGCUGCUGCUGCCGAUGAUGAUGAUUGCACAGAGCCAGCUUUGGGGGAGUUGUUGAAUUUCUGCUCCUCUCGAAUGUCCCCGCAGGCCUUUGGCGAUCUGCUGCCUGCGGAGUAUGUCCCUAGCCAUAGGGUCGUAGCUGCAGCAGCACCUCCAUCUGCUGCUGCAGCGGAUACCAGCAGCAGAAGCAGCAGCAACAGCAGCAGCAGCAGCAGCACAGAUGAGGACCCCACAUGCGAAUUAGCUACGUGCGUCUCUCCGUCUCUACCUGGCACAAAUUCAAAUGAGCCCCUUUCCGCUGAACACUGGGGCCUUGCACUUCCGGUGUAUCUCCACUUCACUUCGCCCAUUCGACGCUACGCGGAUAUUUUGGUCCAUCGAAUUUUGCAGACGCCAAACACCCUGACCUCCCUCGCUGACUUAGAAGCGACCUGUCUUCAUUGCAACCGCAGCAAACGCCGCGCUGAGGACGCGCAGCUGUCUUUUUUUAGUUGGGUAGUUAAUCAGUUUCUUAAAGCUGCACAUCCUCAGGGGCUUGUCUACGGUUUUGCUUCUGUAGCACACAUUCAUGUUCCGAAUUCUCGCCAGCCUGCAGCAGCAGCAGCACACGCUGCAGCAGCAGCAGCAACAAGUGCAGCAGCAGCAGCAGCUUCUCUUUCGGAACGAGAAAAGUUGCAGGAAAUUAUGCCGGAAGCAAAUCCUUCGGACUUCAACUCCACCUCACGCGAAGCCUCCACUGCAGCAGCAGACGCAGAAGCAGCAGAAGCAGCAGCAGAAGCAGAAGCAGCAGAAGGUGCCGCUGAGGAAGAGGUCCCCACACAGCCGGCGCUGCAGCUGUUUGUCCCGCUGCUGCGGCAGGCGCGCAGCUGCAGUCUCACUACCCUUGGGCUGGAGCUGGUAUCGUGGAACGAAGAGGAGGCCCCUGCUGCUGCUGCUGCUGCUGCUGCAGCAACACCCUCUGCAGCCUUCCAUGGAAGCCCCUGCGUUCGUUCGAUUCGCGUCCGUAGGCUGAGGAGGCCGGAUGAUGCGGCGCCUUCGCAGCAGCAGCAAGAACAGCAGCAGCAGCAGCAACAACAGCAGCAACAGCAGCAACAGCAGCAGGAUUCCUUCGUGCCUGCUGAUGAAGAGACAGCUGAGCUGCUGCGGGGUCCCGGAGGCUGUCUAAGUGGCUUAGCGGAGGGAGACGAAGCGGUGCUGCAUUUAUUUGAUGAAGUGCGAGUGCUGCUGCUACCUGGAGAGAGACAGUGGGUUGUGAGGCUUUGCUUCGAUCCGUAG